AUGCAUUUCCACAAUGCGUACCUACCUAACGUGAAACGAAAGCGGCCGGGACGGAGGGCGACGCCGCCGACAAUGCAAGACUGUCUUUCUGGUUAUGCGAGCCACCUCAUUUCGGAAGGUCGCCGUCGCCAAGCGAACGGUUCGAGCGAAACGACCUCUCCGUACUCGCCGGGUAACCGCCCGACCGCGGCCGGUGAAGCAACUGUGCGCCGCGCAUUCUUGCUUCUUCACCAAUCCCGACGAACUUCACCGGUCUCGGACGGCGAUGGACGAGGUCUCUCCGAAGAGGAUCCGCGCAACACGAUGACCGAAAGUUUUAGUAAAGAAAAAAGUUGUCCGUAUGCACUCGAAGACAAAAAAUAUUGUGUACGCCUAGUGAUGGCCUGA